UUCCACUAGGUGGAUCAUGAGCCAUCAGUUCCUCUGGGGCAGGCUAUAGGACUACAGAACUCUCACCACAGGACCAAGUGCACCAUGGGACAGUGUCGGUCAGCCAACGCAGAGGAUGCCCAGGAAUUCAGCGAUGUGGAGAGGGCCAUUGAGACCCUCAUCAAGAACUUCCACCAGUACUCCGUGGAGGGGGGAAAGGAGACACUGACCCCCUCUGAGCUACGGGACUUGGUCACCCAGCAGCUGCCCCACCUCAUGCCGAGCAAUUGUGGGCUGGAAGAGAAAAUUGCCAACCUGGGCAGCUGUAACAACACUAAGCUGGAGUUCGGGAGUUUCUGGGAGCUGAUUGGAGAAGCCGCCAAGAGUGUGAAGCUAGAGAGCCCCGUCCAGGGGAGUUGAGAACUCGCCCUGGAGUCCUUGGGGGGUGUCAGGGAGAGACUGUGGGCCUGGAAAUAAAACUCUCCUCCAC